CCUCUCUCUCUCUCCCUCUCUCUCUCUCAGAGUUGAGAGAGGGGUUCAGGCAGAGAGGAGGGAUUUCAUCUCAGUCCUGAACUGUUGCUUUUCAUGGAACUUUAAGUCUGGGCUCUGAGUGGAGUAUGUCGGAUUGCUAUAAAACACCUGCCGUGAACUCUUUAGCAAAAAAGGAGAAACAGCGCUUCAUAAAGGAACAACUAAUUGCUCAUUUUCAGGCACAAACUGAAAUGAAACUGCUUGGAUGUACAGGUCAGCUCUUUUGACCAGACUGACUAAUACAAUGCUGGAAAUUAUUGACUGAUAAGAAGCAGGAGCGAGGGAAAGCAGAAAAUCUCCAAAGAUCUGUGUUUAAUGUUUUUCUUUAUUAAGACAGAGGUAAAAUAUGAUUUCUAUUGGUCUGAUUUUUUUUUUUUUUUACAAAUGUUCUAGAGUAUAACUUGUACAUUUGUUUCAUGUUUUAACAAACUGGUAUAUGCUCUAGACAUAAACAGUAAAUUAGUUAAUUUAAUUAAUUAGUUAAAUAAUGGACAUCUUUAUAAUUCAAGUUAGUUAAAUAAUUUUCUGCUCAAAGUUCAAUGCUUGCUUAAAAAAUAUUUGUCAUCAAACUGGAGCAGUCUUAUAGACCUUAAUAAGUAUUUAGAGCACCAUGGUUAGCCCAUCUUUUCUACUCCAUGUUGUCCUGGCUGCUUUACUUGGAUGCGCCUCACAGGCCCAGGAUGAGGCGAUUACAGAGAUGGACAUGCAGCUGACCAAUCGGACAGCUGAUCCCACCAUGACAUCAGAGGGAGCUCUAAUACUUAACUCACCUGCAGGAGAAAUAGUGGACGAAACAGUCCCACCCACAGGUACCCGCUGCCAGGGCUAUUAUGAUGUGAUGGGUCAGUGGGACCCACCAUUUAAUUGCAAUGCCGGUAUCUUCCUGUACUGCUGUGGUACCUGCUUUUACCGGUUCUGCUGCCAGUUCCGUCAGCAACGUCUGGACCAGACCUCAUGCUCCAACUACGAUACGCCAAUCUGGGCCAACACAGGUAAACCUGUGGCAACUAUCACUGAGGUACAGUCAGAGCAUGAGAGGGACCGCACACAAAUGAUUGUCUACAUAAUCUGUGGUGUGGUGGCCAUCAUGGUUUUGGUAGGCAUCUUCACCAAGUUGGGUCUGGAGAGAAGACGAGGUGGUCAAAAUGACAUCACCAGCUCAAGGACUCUGCAGGAGCUGCUGAAACAGCCAGGUGGAGAUGUGAGCCCUAGAGAUGGGACCAUUAGCAGCAGCAGCACCAUUGGAGCCAAUGGUAUUUCAGCUCGGAUGUUACGCAGCUGCAGUGAGCAAUAUCACCUCAGCAACACAGCAUUCAGCCCAAAGGUUGGACACUCUCAUCCACAAAGCAACAACAGUCUACCUGGCCUCACACAUAACAAGUAUUCCUCACUGAAGGCUGUUGCAGACACUGCCAGCAGAGGUUACUAUAAGAGCUAUCCACUCAUGGACUUCUCUCAGUACCAAACUCUUCCUGCACCAUUUCAACCCAUCCCAGCACAGCAAAAAGACAAGUCCUAUUUUCAUCAAGAAAAACCCUACGUGCAUGAAGCUCUGCCUUCCCAUGACGUCCACUCUGCUCUUUCCAUUUCCAUCCCAACCAGGCAACUUGAGAGGAGCUGCUUUCGAAAGACCAUCGCUAAUCCAUUACAUCUUAGCUCAAGCUUCACUGUAUGUGACUCUGUACCCCGCCACGUCCAUCGGCAGACCUCACACCCUGGACACCCUGGUCGCAGGCAAUCCUACUCCAGCAGAAGGCAAUACAGCAUAGAGAUGCUUCCUGAGCUUUUCUCACAGCCCAUGUCCUAUGAAGGAUCCUCACCCUACCCUCACAAACACAAGAACUUUCAAACCAACAGCAAAACAGAAGUCACUGUCUAAGGGCCAGCAGCUGUUUUAUUUUAUUUACACACACACACAAACCAUCGAUAUAGCUCUCUUACCACAGCUGCUUAGCCUUCCAUUGUGCUUCCCCAGCCUCAAUAGUUCAUUCUCUGUUCUCUGGUCCUCUCUGCUACAGCGCACUAUCCCACAAACACAGAACUGGGAGUUAAGUGAGCAGCCUAGAACCUGAGAAUGGUCACAAAGACUACAGUAACUCUACAGUGAUUUUGCCACCAUCACGUCAGCCCUAGGUCUACCUCCACAGGCGAUAAAAAUGUGGAGAUUCAUUAUUGAGAAAAGUUCCAUAUAGUGAUACAAUUAAUCUGGUCAGCUAACAUCAGGCAGAAGCCAACACCAAACUUAAGUAAGCAUCUCUUUCAGAGGUGUAUGCCUGGGACGCAAAAAUUAAGGAUAGCUAGAAAGACACAUUCACUGUGGAUCUUAUAAUGACAGAUCUCCUUGUUUUCUUGGGUCAUAUGAUUAGAAAAUGACAGUGCUGAAACUCUUAUAUUCAUACCUUAAAUUAAUACAAGAGUAGUCAGUAACCUCUAAUUCCUUUUCUCUGAGUUUUAUCUCAGCUCCCCCUUAUGGGAGUCUGGAGCAACUGAGAACCCGCUGUGAUGCGGAGUCGCAGGAUCCUGAACUGUUAUCUCACAUCCAGCUCUCAGCAAGGGGAGACAUCUCCAAUUACAAUUUCCAUUUGUUGAGAUCCAGAGAAAUAAGCUGGAACUGUGAAAUCUCUUUCCCAUAUGCUUAUUGCUUAUGACACUUUAGCUUAGAGAUCUCUUCAGACCUCUGGCAACUGUGACAUUUCAGUUUGCAAGGACAUGAUGAAUGAUGAAUCAUGUUGCUCCAUUAUUAAAUACAACUUAUGCAAGGUAAAAUGGUGAAAUGUUGCGGUGUUAAAUACCACAUUCUCACCAUUUAAAUCAACAGUCUAUUACUGGGAUUUGUAGAUCAAGUGCAUCUCUCUGCCCUAAACCAACAAUAACUCACCUGUUGUGGUGGACAAGAAUCUUUCAAGAUGAUCCUGGAAUCUAGGGAGAAUUUGGUAAUGAGAUAAAGUUAAAGCUCAUAGGUUGCUGCAUUUCAAGCAGAUUAUGUACAAUAUAUAUAUAUAUACACUACUCACAAAAAUUUAAGGAUAUUUGGCUUUUGGGUGAAAUUUAUGGAAAAUGUAAAAAGUUCACGCUACAGUGAUAUUAUAUUAUGAAAGUAGGGCAUUUAAGUAGAAGCAUGCAAUGAUGAUUUCCUCAUCUCCAACAAUUUAUUGAAACAAAAGCCAACAACAGUGGUGGGUAUACCACAACAAAAAAUGUCAAUGUCUCAAUAAUUUGUCAUGUGCCCUUGACCAACAAUUACAGCUUGACAGCGACGUCUCAUGCUGUUCACGAGUCAACUUAUUGUCUGCUGAGGCAUGGCAUUCCACUCUUCUUGAAGGGCAGCCCUCAGAUCACUGAGGUUCUGGGGUGCAGGGUUACGAGCCUCUACACGCCAACUCAGCUGAUCCCAUAGGUUUUCUAUGGGAUUCAGGUCUGGAGAAAGUGCAGGCCACUCCAUUUGAAGUACCCCAGCCUCCAGCAGCCGUUCCCUAAUGAUGCAACCUCGAUGAGCUGGAGCAUUGUCGUCCAUGAAGGUGAAAUAAGGCCUGUGUUGUUCAUGCAGGGGCACAAUGACUGGAUUAAUGUUAUUCAGGUAGUAUUGGCUUGUCACUGUACCAUUCACAAGAUGUAGGGCAGUUCUGUAUUGAGUAGACACACCCGCCCAGACUGUAACGCCAUCAUAACAGUGGCUGAUGUAUAGCGCUCUCCUUGACGUCUCCAACAUCGUUGACAUCCAUCAUUUCUGCUCAGUGAGAAUCGACUUUCAUCAGAGAACAUCACUGAGGCCCACUGGUCCCUCGUCCAGCGUAAAUGCUCCCUGGCCCGAUGCCUGUGCCUGGUGGUGUGGUCAGGUACCCUUGCAGGUCGUCUAGCAUGCAGAACACACUGAUGUAAACGGUUUCGAAUGGACUGACGUGGCACUUCGGUGCCUCUCACCUCCCUUAAAUGUGCCUGGAGUUGAGUGGCAUUCAUCAUCCGGUUCUGCAGGGCACUGUUCACAAUGAAGCAGUCAUCAACGUGGGAUGUGGCGAAAGGACGUCCACUUCUAUGCCUUUCUGUGACUCUUCCAGUCUCUCUGUAUCUCUGUCGCAACCUGCUGAUGACACUCUGUGACACACUAAGAUCAGUGCCCAUUUUCUCUGAGAACAUCCUGUUUGAAGCGAGGUACUGUUGAUCAAUUGUUAGGUGUCGUCUUGGUCUCAUGAUGUCAAAAUGUGAACAGCAUGAUGAAGAGGACUGUUUAAAUACCAAUUCUAAUCGAACCAGAAAAUUUAUUGGUCGAUUCAUGGAUCAAACACCAGUUGUGAAUUUUGCCGUUAAGCACCUUGUUAGAGAACAGCAAGUUAUGUAAAAAGUACUGAAACACUGAACAGUUGGACAUGUGCAUUCAAAAGUGUAGAGAAGGUCAAAUUAAGUUCACCUGUAAAGGUUAUAGUGCAUUUUAGGUGCAUCCUGAAAUUUCACCUGAAAGCUGAAUAUCCUUAACUUUUUGUGAGUAGUGUAUAUAUAUGCUGAUCAGGCAUUACUUUAUGACCACUUGCCUAAUAUUGUGUUGGUCGCUUUUGCUGCCAAUAACAGCCAUGACCCAUCGAAGCAUGGACUCCAACUAGAUCCCUGAAGGUGUGCUUCGGUAUCUGGCACCAAGAUGUUAGCAGCAGAACCUUUAAGUCCUGUAAGUUGCAAGGUGGGGCCUUCUUACAGGACUUACAGGACAUAAAAGAUAAUUUUGUUAGUUACUGACCACUGCAGACCAGACCACCCCACAAGAGCUGCAGUUUUGGAGAUGCUCUGAUACAGUCAUCUAGCCAUCACAAUUUGGCCCUUGUCAAACUUGCACAAAUCUUUACGCUUGCCAAUUUUUCCUGCUUCUAACACAUCAACUUUGAGAACAAAUUUGCCAUGAUAAUACGUGUGAUUCAUUUUGUUAUGCCUGAUCAGUAUAUAUGUGUAUAUAUACACUACCAGUCAAAAGUUUGGACACACCUUUUAAUGCAAUGUUUUUUGUUUAGGGAUUUAUUUUCUACAUUCUAGAACAAUACUGGAGAUUUCAAAACUAUGAAAUAACACACAUGGACUUAAGUAAUCCAUAUGUAAUGACAACAAAAAACAGUCAGUUGUUAUUUUAAGACACGAAGGUCAGGUGUUCUGGAAUAGUUCUUGCAAGAACAGUAUUGUCAAGUGCAUUUGCAAAACCCAUCAAGCACCAUGAUAAAACUGGCUCACAUGAAGACCAUCCCAGUAAAGCAAGACCAAAAUUUAGCUCUGCUGCAGAGGAGAAGUUCAUUUAGAGUUACCAGCCUCAGAAAUCACCAAUUAACAGCACCUCAGAUUAGAGCCGUUAUGAAAGCUUUACAGAGCAUCAGUAGCACACAUAUCUCAAUAUCAACUGUUCAAAUGAGAUUAUUGUGUAUUUCGGCCGCCUUCAGCAUUGUUUUGCAAUGUAGAAAGAAAGAAACAUCAGGAAAGACCAUGGAAUUAGAAGGUGUGUCCAAACUUUUGAC